AUGGAGAAGGAAACCCGCUCUAUGGUAAGGAGGGAGAAGGAAAGAGUUUGGGGGUAUUUGUGGCAGAUCUGGAAAGGCUACGCAGGAGUUUCUGCUUCCCAGCCGCGGGGGAGCAAGGGCUCUCUGGUGGGAGCCUACUGGGGGCAGAAGCAGCCCUUCCAGGCUGCCCUGUGCUCCCCGCUGGGCCUUUCUCCGACUUGUGCAGAUGGGAGAUGCACAUGGGAGCCUGAGCCUGGGCACAAUGGAGGUGGAGAGCUUGCUUCCCCGGCCGAAUUCUCUGUCCCAUCCGCUCCUCCCCCGGGCUCUCACUACCUGCCUGUCUGCGUGCCAAUCCCCAGCAACUCUCCGGGGUCCUGGGGUCUCCCUCUCAGUCUCCUCCCCGAGUCGGUAGCGAGGGCCGGGCACUCCCUCCCUCAGCUGCGUGCAUCUCAUACCAACCCUCAUUCCUCGCAUACCAGUCUUCCUCCUUUCAAACUUGAGGCCCGGGGGGUGGCGAGGGACAGCAGCCUCCCCAAGGCUCUAGCACCCCAGCCCGGCCCCCUGCCACCCCCCCACCCCCACCUCCUCCUGCCAGCAGUCUCAUUCCAGGGUUUUCCUGGCUCUUCCCUUGUUCAGGAAAAGGGCUCUGGUGCCCCCCAGACUACUUUUCCAAGUCUGAGUCUCCUUUCAGGAGUGAGUUUUAUAUCAAGAAUCGGAACCCUAGAAUUCUGGCAUCCCAACGUGAUUUCCCUCGUCCAUUCCCUACAGCGUUGCUGGAGAGCUGGAGCCGAGUUGGUGCAUCUCAGAGUGCCUCUCCGAACUCACUUAGCACACCAUCCCUCUCUCAUCCCCCAUCCUGGGACAGCAGGUCCAACGGGUCCUUCUCCAAGCGGAGCCUUGGAGGGCCUAGCCGGCACCAUUACCUCCAACGAGUGGAGCUCUCCCACCUCCCCUGAGGGGAGCAACGUCUCCGAGGGCAGCGAGGCUUUGGACAAACCCAUCGACAAUGAUGCAGAGGGCGUGUGGAGCCCUGACAUCGAGCAGAGCUUCCAAGAGGCCCUCGCCAUCUACCCACCCUGCGGCAGGCGCAAGAUCAUCUUAUCAGAUGAGGGCAAGAUGUAUGGUCGGAAUGAGCUGAUUGCUCGCUACAUUAAGCUUCGGACUGGGAAAACUCGGACCAGGAAGCAGGUAUCUAGCCACAUCCAGGUGCUGGCCCGACGGAAAGCCCGGGAGAUCCAAGCCAAAUUAAAGUCAACCAGCUGCUGGGCUGGAGACCACAGCAGGGUAUUUAUCAUGGAGAACAAUUGCUCCUGUGUUAUCUCCAGAGGCAGAAAAGAUCAGGCAGCUAAGGACAAAGCCCUGCAGAAUAUGGCUACCAUGUCAUCCGCUCAGAUCAUCUCUGCUACAGCCUUCCACAAUAAAAUGGCCCUUACCCGAGGACCAGCCUACCCAGCAGUCUCAGGGUUUUGGCAAGGAACUUUGCCAGGCCAAGCUGGAACUUCCCAUGAUGUGAAACCUUUCUCUCAACAAACCUAUGCUGUUCAGCCUCCGCUCCCUCUGCCAGGGUUUGAAUCUCCUGCUGGGUCCACUCUGUCACCAUCGACGCCUCCAUGGCAGGGCCGAAGUGUGGCCAGCUCCAAGCUCUGGAUGUUGGAGUUCUCUGCCUUCUUGGAGCAGCAACAAGACCCAGACACGUAUAACAAGCACCUGUUUGUACACAUUGGCCAGUCCAAUCCCAGCUACAGUGACCCCUACCUCGAAGCGGUGGAUAUCCACCAGAUCUACGACAAAUUCCCCGAUAAGAAGGGAGGACUCAAGGAGCUCUUUGAACGAGGACCCUCAAAUGCUUUCUUCCUUGUCAAGUUCUGGGCUGACCUCAACACCAACAUCGAGGGUAAAGGCAACUCUUUUUACGGGGUCUCCAGUCAGUAUGAGAGUCCUGAGAACAUGAUCAUCACCUGUUCCACCAAAGUCUGCUCCUUUGGCAAACAAGUUGUGGAGAAAGUAGAGACAGAGUAUGCACACUAUGAGAAUGGCCACUACUCCUACCGCAUUCACCGGUCUCCUCUCUGCGAAUAUAUGGUCAACUUCAUCCAUAAGCUAAAGCACCUGCCAGAGAAAUACAUGAUGAACAGCGUACUGGAGAACUUCACUAUCCUGCAGGUGGUGACCAACAGAGAUACCCAAGAAACCUUACUGUGUAUUGCAUAUGUGUUUGAAGUGUCUGCAAGUGAGCAUGGAGCUCAACAUCACAUCUACCGGCUGGUGAAAGAAUAAGAGACUUGGGAGUGAAGGAUGAGAAGAGCCAGGCUGUGUGUGUUACAGGGAAAGUAGUGAGAUUUGGUCUAUGCCUGAAGUUCAGAAUCAAGAAGAGAACAUUUCCCCCCUUCCCAAGAGCAAACAUAAUUCCCUAACCUCAAAUAAACUCAAGAUGUUACGUAUUUUCAGAGGAAUGUGAUCUGGCUGUGUGAAUAGUGGGAAGGGGUAGGGCGAGAGCUCUAGGAGACGAAAGGAGGUUUUAUGUGGGAGUUGUGGUGGGAUGAGGAAAGAGUUGAAGAUGUGUCAUGGAUUAUUUUGAGGCCAUGAUCCCACUGUCUGCCCAGUCCUCCACACCACCAUUGAUGUUUCUGGCCCCGAUGAGUUACCCGCAGUCAUCUGUUGGACCAGAUGAAAGAAGGCUUAGGUACCACCAUGGAGGAUUCAGAGCUGGAAAAGACCUUAUUUUAUGGGUGAGGAAGAAAGUGAGGUUUAGAGAAGCAAACAACUUGCCUUUGUGAUCAUGGUAGUAAAGCAAAACUGAGAUUUGA